AUGGCCGAAGGAAAGUCGGGUUUCCCUUUCGCUCAUCACUCGAUCCAUCGCAGACAUUUCCGCCGUUCUCGGUGUGCAAUAUUCGCGCCGGGCAAGGGUGGCAGCGCGGUUGCGAUGGCUGGACCCAGCGACGCCCGCGCUGUGUGGGCCGCGCGGGCGGGCGGGCGGGCGUCCGACUUGCAUGCGCAGCCCAGAUUCGCGCCCGUGCUGCUCGAAGCCUCCGGCCCUGACGGCAGGCGGUGUGAUUCUGCAGCUACCACGCCCCUCGUGUCGCCGGUGUCUUCUUGCCCCGAUAGCAUGAGAACGCGGAAGCGGGGUGCUCGUCGUUUACAAAUACCUCUCGAGCGAGACGGGGCAGGUGCUGGUGGUUCCUUUCCGCGCACUAUGCAAGUGCUACCCCGCGCGGGGGGACCCGGGGGUAAUACGCUCGAGGCUAGUAGCAGUAGGGACGCGCAGCGUGUUGUGGGUGCGCAGAUCGCGCUGAGCGGGCAGCGGUUCUCUCUCGGCCGCGCGCGCGCGCGAACCUUGAUAGAGCCCGCCCACUUGCCGCGGCAAAUGGAUGGGGAGAUCGUCAGCUCUUGUCAGUUUGUUUGGGGCUACACAGACAUGGCCAUGGGCGAGUGUCUGGAGCUACACAGGAAUAACGCUCCCGAUCAUGCAGGGCGGGCAACGACAAGCACGGAUUCAGACGGAAUGGGGGAUCGUCAAGGGCUCCUGCAACUUUUCCUCGGGCUGGGCUUUGCGAAUCUUUACAUACAUGUCACGAGAGGCAGAGACGUCUACAUGGGUACCCGCGUGACGAAGAAAACAGCAGAGACCCGCGACCGGCAGUGCAGUGUUCAGGCGAAUGACGGAGUAUUCGGGAGAACAUACGCUCGCUGUCUACACAAACGAGGACGGGCGCCGCGCAUUGUGAAUCUACCGGCGCACGGGCGAGAGCGGAUCGCGGGAGCGAUGGACGUUUGGGUUUGGGGCGAGGGUCGUGAGGAUGGGUCUCUGAGUAGGAGGAGACAGGGAUCUCACAUUCGGACUGACGUCAGGGGCAAUCCAGAGCGUGGACGCCCUCUUUCUUCUCGCCGUCUGCUCCACCCGCUCUUUUCGACACAACGCCCAAUCCAUCGCGACAUGGCUCCAGAGACCGUCCCCGACGGCUUCUUCUCCGCCGCUCCCGUCAACAUCGCCAACACAAACGACGCAGACGGCUUCGCCCAGGCCAUCGCUGCCCGCUUCGGCGCGCCCUCGGCCAACCAGCUCACCGCCCGCCUCGACUCCCCCGCCUUGUCGGCAACGACCACCAGCCCAGACAUGUCGAUCAGCCCUCCCCCGGUCCGUACGUCGCCCCCGGCUGCAGCGCCCUCUCCGCCCUCGACAGCCCCCCUCCCGCCCGCCGCCUUCACCGCCCUCCACCCCAACGACCUCGCCCCCAUCACGGCCGACCCCGACACCCUCAUCCUCGACAUCCGCCCCCACGCCGCCUACACCCAGGCCCGCCUCCGCUCCGCCCUCUCCCUCUCCGUCCCCUCCACCCUCCUCAAGCGGCCCCUCUUCUCCCUCGCCCGCCUCACCGCCAUGCUCCCCUCCGCCUCCGCCCGCCGCAACUUUCGCAAGUGGAAGGACAAGCGCCGCGUCGUCGUCUACGACCUUGACUCUCCCGCCGUCCGCGAGGGCAGCAACCUCCUCGGCCUCAUGCGCAAGUUUGCCAACGAGGGCAUGGCCCCUGCCGACGUCUGCUGGGUCGCCGGCGGCUUCCAGGCGCUCUGGCGCGAGAACCGGGAUCUCAUCGACCAAUCCCCGCUCGCGGACGAGCACGACGAGGACGAGGACGAGGACGACGACGACGACGCCGUGCUCACGCAGCCCACCCCGCCGACGCUCAGCGCGGGGCUCGGCGGCCCCGGCAUGAAGCUCGCCCUCCCCGGCGCCAGGAGCAGCGCCUCCAGCCAGAGCAUGCCCGUCCUCCGCACCAAGCACCUCCCCAUGUCCGCCUUCACGCUCUCCACCACGACGUCCUCGCGCUCGCCGCGCCCCACGCUCGCCGCCACCUCGCCGCCCGCCUCUGCCCACUCGUCCGCCCUCGCGCGCAGGCCCGCGGGCACCCAGCCGUACAACCCCUUCUUUGACACCAUCCGCCAGAACAUCGAGCUCUCGCACGGGAUCACCGAGCGCAUCCCCCUCGUCCUCCCCAGGUCGGUGCGGAAGCGCGUGCGCAGGGGCGAUCUGGCCGUGCGCAUCGCCGAGGGCGUGGGCUGGGAGUGGCUCGAGGCGAUUGCCUGGAGAGCGAAGAGCGGGGGCACCCCCUCGAGCCUCAGCAGCGACGAGGACGAAAAGAUGCAGCUGCACGGCGCAGGGAAGAGCGAGGAGGACCGCGAGCGCGAAAAGUGGACCGCCAGCCGCGAGGGCAGCCGCGGGCUCGGGCACACCGACAGCGACAGCGACGACGACGCCGACGCCGCCGCGGCGGGCGGCGCGAGCGACCGCACGGAGCUCAGCGACGAGGACUCGCCAAAGCCGGAUCCGAAGCGGGCGUCCCCCGCCGCGUCGCACCCGUCCACCACCUCCGCCUCCACGCAGUCGUCCACCCCCCACUCCAAGGCCAAGAAGCAGGGCAGGGGCAAGUACCACCUCCCGAAGCCGACGCUCGCGGACGUGGACGAGGGCACGGAGGAGCUCGCGAUGCAGUUCUACAAGAUCGAGCUGGCCGAGCAGAGGCGCCUCAUGGGCGUGAUGGAGCACCACUCGCGCGAGGGCGCGUUCGCCGACGUCAGCCACGCCAGCGGCGUCCUCACGCCCGGGAGCGAAGGGCAUCACAGCCCGCUCGGCGUCGAGGGGCGCAAGGGCAUCGGAGGAGCGGACGACGGGGAGGUCGUCAAGGAACGCGACUUUGCGGGGGGCUUGAUUAGCAGCCAGGAGGUGCGCAAGCGGUAUACGGAGGGGCGCAAUCGCGCGGGGAGCGUCGAGGGGAGCACGGGCAGCGGCGCGACGAGCCUGAGCGCGACGAGCGGGACCGGGAGCGGGAGCGGCGGCGCGGUGCCGCCGAGCAGCGGCGAGAGCAGCUUGGUCGGGAGCGCGAGCGCGAGCGUGCGCGAUUUGGGGGUGAGCGUGGGCGGCAGCACGACCGCGGUGAGCAGCGGCGAGGAGGGGGGGAAGGGCGGCGUCGUCCCGCAGGAUCUCGCGAGCGUGGAGUGGCGCGUGGGGCUGUCGAGCAGUGUCGCCGGGAGCGAGGCGGGGAGCGUGGGGAGCGGGAAGGGGCGGAAGGGGAAGAAGAAGAAUGUGUUUCCGUUUAGUAUUACGGCUGGCGUGGAGAAGGGGGCGAAGAAUCGGUACCGCAACAUCUGGCCUUUUGAGCACGCGCGCGUGAAGCUGCACUCGAAACCAAACUCUUUCAACCCCGCGUCCGUCGCGCGGUCUGUCUCGUCAGCGUCAAGUGCGCCCAGCGGGGCGUGCGUGGGUGGCGUAGGCUUGAUCAGGGAGCCAAAGAGCCCGAGCUCGCCUGCGAGCACGAGUACACUGGACGAUUAUGUGAACGCGAGCUACGUGCAGCCCCUUGGGACGAGGAAGCGGUAUAUUGCUACGCAGGGCCCGCUCGAAGCUACCUUUGCCGAUUUCUGGACGUUGUGCUGGGAGCAGAACGUGCACGUGAUCGUGAUGCUGACGAAGGAGGUGGAGGGGAUGAUGGAGAAGAGCGGCAAGUACUGGCGCGAGGGCCAGUUUGGCCCGCUGGUGCUGCGCGUGCUCGAGAGCUCGGGGACGCCGGAGGACGAGAAUAAGGCGUUUGGGUUCUUUGGCGGCGCGAGCAAUAAGCCGGGCGAGGGCGGGUUCUUUGGUGCGGCCAAUCCCAGGGCGAACGAGGGCGAGUUCUUCCCGCCUAUGAAGCCGGAGGAGGCCAAGGCGCAGAAGGAGGUGACGGGCCAGGGGGAGGGGAAGGCGAAGGUGACGAUGGUCAAGAGGGUGUUUGAGCUCAGGAACGUCAAGUACCCCGACGCGGGCGCGCGCAUCGUGACGCAGCUGCAGUACCUCGACUGGCCGGACAUGAACGUGCCCGACGAUCCGAACGGCGUGCUCGACCUCGUGGAGAUGAUGAACGCGGAGGUCGAGAAGGCGCUGCAGGUCGAGCGCGCGAAGGAGCCGGAGCGGCGAGCUUCGCGAGAACGCGAGGAGCAGGAGGAGAAGAGGGCCUGGGGACACGCGAAGACUGCGAGCACGGGCAGCACGAGCAGUCGGGACUCGAGCGAGGAGAAGAACGAUCUCGAUCCCAAGACUGGCAUCGUCAAGCGCCUGCUCGAGUCGCCCAACCCGCCGGUGCUUCUUCAUUGCUCGGCCGGUGUCGGGCGCACGGGUGGCUUCAUCGUGGUCGACGCCGUCCUGGACGGCCUCAAGCGCGAGCUGCGGAAGCGAAGAGAGGCGGCGGCGAGGCAGAGACAUGCCGAGGAGAGCAGGACCGGGACGGACAGCGCAGAGGGGAUGGACGUGGACGAUGGGGAUGCCACCGGGCUGGCCGCGCCAAAGCCCGUGCACGCCGUCGCUCAAACCGGCCAGAAUGGGAUCCUCGACGUGCCGCAGGAGGCCUCAUUCAGCAAGGACGCCCCGAUGGAUGUCGAUAGGACGUCCCCCGUGCAGUAUCUGCGAUCGCCUUUGUCGACUUCUGUUAGUUCGUCUGCGUAUCUCGCGUCACAGUCCAUGUCGCCCAUGUCCUAUCCCUCCUUGUCGCCCACCCCGUCGCACUCAAUGUCACCCCCGGCGCAUAUGUCCAUGUCCCCUCCCACCUUACCGCGGUCCCAGGCUCCGCUGAGAGCCUUCCCGCCACAUUUCGAUAUCAGUGCGGAAAGCGCGGCGAUUCCCCUUCAGACCUCGUUGCAGAAACUCAAUUCCCCCGUGGAAAAAGGUCCGCUAAUCUUCGGCGGCUCUUUGAAUGCGGAUGCACGCGUCAGAACUUAUUCAGCGCCUCUAUCCCCUUCAGAAGCUCGCCCUGAUGGUCCUGCCCAUGCUCACUCCUCCUACGAGUCCCGUCAUUCGAACGGAAUCAAGACUCGUUCGCCCCUGCCCGAGAAGCUUGCCUCGCCUGCUGAAAUGAUGCGAAGUUCCCCCGAAAUCCAGCUUGAGCGGAAAGAGACUCCGGACGAUAGAAUUCGAGGCACGUUGCCCGCCUCGAGGUAUCCUGCUGCCUAUGCUGACACAACUGCUUCCUCUGAAGACUCGUUCCCAUCCGUGCCGUCACUCUUCACCACUCAAGAUAGCAGAAGGAGCUCAUGGGAACAAACGUCGUUGUCUUCUCCGUUGGCGGGGAGGUCUGACUUGACCUUUGAAGGCGGAGGGACCGUGAACCUUCGCGAUUCGCAUAAACGGGCGAGCCUUCCAGAGAAUGUGCGUGAAGAGACGACAAAUGGGGGAGUAGCUCUCGGCAGCGCAAGUCCGAACGGGUCUGAAUUCAUCAAGUCGAAGCCCUUUGACUAUACUCGGCCAAGGAAGCUUCACCGAGAGGACUCUCCCCCGCUGCUGUCGUCGUACAAGGAUCCCAUCCGCACCGUCGUCGAGGAUAUCCGCGAACAGCGCAUGAGUCUCUGCCAGAGCCUGAGACAAUAUGUCUUUGUGCAUCGGGCGAUCAUCGAAGGAGCACUUCGCCUUGUGGACCAGGAGAAGGAACUCUACGGAGAGGAUGAUCGGGGAAGGUCUGAUACCGAGCGCCAUACCCUCCGGAAGGGUCCAGAAGUGGGUCCGCCUUCUUUGCCGGGAUCUGGGCUUGGUUCGCCAAUACCCAUUGCGUCGAUACCGCGGGUCACCACCUUGCAGACGUCACCCACAAAGCACAAGCGCCUCGCAAGUCCCACCGAGCUGAUCAAGGAGGGUAAGGAAGGGCAGUUGCGUCUGUCCAAGCGGCCGAGCAUGAAGAAGAGACAGUUGAGCAGCGACGAGUCUGUUCAGUUUGAGUCGGAUGUUCCGUCGAAAUUGAGAUUGUAG